UAAAUUGAAAUAUAUAUUUUUAUCAAAGUGCUAAGUAAGUAAAAUGAAAGAGAGAGUAUUUUGUUAAUUUGAGUUUAAUUGGAGGAUGUUUUAGGCUACUAAAAUACUUUAGAGUUGAGAAUAUGGUUAGUUUUGAGGGCUCAAUCUCCACUAACGAAACGCACCCUUAUUGGUUUUCCCCCAAAUUUCAUUCAGUUCCCUCGUUCUUCUUCUUGUUUUCUUCUUGUUCAGCAGAGAGAAAGAGAUUGUAGAAUCUUCCAUUCUGUUGGAUCGUUGCUCACUUUCUCAUGGAUCCUCCUACCUCUUGGGAUACCUUGCGAAAGCAGGCAAGGAUGCUUGAAGCUCAGCUGGAUGAGCAGAUGCAUUUGUAUCGGAGGUUCGUUUCAAACAAAACUGGCAAUGCUAAUGAUAAUGAUCUUGAAUCUAAUAUAGAUCAGCUGCUCAAGCAGCUUCAACAAGUAAAUUCACAAAUGCAAGCAUGGGUUUCAUCGGGAGGAUCUGAGAUCUUUUCUCAUACACUGACUCGCCAUCAAGAAAUUCUUCAAGAUCUUUUUCAGGAGUUUAAUCGGCUCCGUUCAAGUUACAGAGCUAAGAAAGAGCAUGCUUCAUUGCUUGAAGAUUUUAGGGAGUUCGACCGGACCAGGUUAGAUCUGGAAGAUGGUAGCGGGUCUCACGACCAAGCACUCCUUAAUGAACGUGCUGCACUCCAUAGGAGUACUGGACAGAUGGAUGGUGUAAUUUCUCAAGCUCAAGAAACAAUAAAGACACUUAUGUUUCAAAGAUCAACAUUUGGUGGCAUUAAUUCAAAACUGAGCAAUGUCAUCAGUCGCCUUCCAACGGUUAACCAUAUUCUUUCAGCAAUAAAGAAGAAAAAGUCUAUGGAUACUGUCAUUCUUUCAUUAGUUGCCUCUGUGUGCAUGUUUCUCAUUUUGGUUUACUGGAUGACGAAAUGAGACAGUAAUUAAUUGGACUCUUGAUGGGGCUUGGAGCACUGUCUUUGCUCGUUUGUAUCUUUUUGUAUAUUCACACCCAGUGAAUUUUGUAACUUUCAUUUUUAUACGUGUAAGGUGGUAUCUUGAAUUGGUACAAUGCAUGCAGUUGCUCGUGUAUGUUUUGCCAAUUCCAAGUAUCAACAUAAUUCACCGUUUGUAGUUUUUGGGGCGUGAAAGUGAAAAAACUCAGUUGCUGCAACAGAGUAGAUCGUGAUCACUAAUAUGAAGGCUAGUUUAUAUGCAAAUUUCUGUCUAAUGUAUAGGAGAUGAUGAAACCACCAAAUACUGGAAUUAACGAGCAAGGACACGUAAUUCAAAUGCAUUUUGUUUUUGAAACGUGUAUAAUUUAAGUCUGGACCCUAAGCCAUAAAUUGUAAAACACUAACUUUUUGAUUCAUAAUAACAUACUUUUCUCA